AAGAAUUGUCAAACUGUAUAUAUAAAAAAUAGUCUCUCACAACUGACAUUAUCAAACUCCUCACAAAGACGUAUUACAAAUUCGCCUUGGAUGUCUGCAUAUAAAUAGUUUCAUGUUAUCACUUUAUUGUGAAUGACAUCAAAAAAUAAAUAAAUGUAAAAAUUUAUAAAAAAUACACAAACAUUCUGAAAAAAAUUAAGCAGUAAUUAAAUCUAGAUAAAAUGUUAAAGAUUUGUGCAAUUGGUUGUCCACCAGGCAAUUCUCUAUAUAGAUUUCCUUGCAAAGAAAAAGAAGGAGAAAGAAGAAAAUUAUGGUUGGACUAUUUUGAUAUGGAGGAACCAAAUACUAAGAAUGUCUUUGCUUGUGAACGUCACUUUUCACAUUUCCAAGCCACUCCAAAGAGUAUUAAAAGAGAUGCUGUUCCAGAUGUACCAAUUAUAUACAAUAAUCCAAAUCCUCCAUUCAGAAGAAAAAACAAAAACUGGAGGCAAAAUGUCACUGUCGUCACACCCCGAGAUCCGGAAUAUAUAAUUUAUCGUAAACAAACUGGAAUUUUUACGCAACAGUUAAAGGAUAAAUCCAACUUAAAAUUACCGUUUAUAAAAACGAUAUCUUGUUCAAUGUCAACGCAAACUAAUACACGUCUAUGUGGCUCGGUGCAAAUUUCAGAAUUUCUAGACGAUUUCCGACUUAAUUGUUACUAUUGUAAUGAAAAUUUUCCUUUAGAAAAGUGGUGCAAAUUUGUUGAACAUUUGAAAGAGAAUCAUUACGACGAAGAGGAGGCUUUUAAAAACUUUAAAUAUUUCUCAAAAGAACAUGACUAUACGCCCAUAUUUGCCACGCCCAUUAAGACAUUAAAGAUGCAAUUAGCUCAUGCUAAUAGUAAAGUUUCAGCGGUAGAAGUUACUCCCCAACAAUCUUCAUUUAAUCAAGAUACAUGGCUAGAAAACUCCUAUAUAAGAUCGACUGAUGAAUCAGUAACGGAGACACCACCUUUAGAACCAGUACCCAUUAUAGCAAAGCCUUUAUUUGCUAAUCCGCCUGAACCUAUAGAUAAAUCAUUUAAUAUUAAUUUGGCAGAUAAACUUAUUAAACUAUUAGAUGAAACUCUUUUAAAUCCUAAUUUUCAUAAUAACGAAAAGCAGAACUUGACAAUAGCGAAUAAUUUAGAAAAUUUAAAUAAUUUUAUUGCAACGAAAAGCUCAGAUCUUACACCAAUGCCAAGUUGUUCUGUUAAAGAAGCAGAGAUGGUAAAAAAAACAAAAUUAGCAGUUCCCUUUAAAAGUACACGACCUGUUUAUUCUCUUAAUGGAGUCCAACAACACAUUUUAUCUAGAAGAAAUUCAUUUUCUUAUGCUGCCAACAAAAAUCGUACUUUAAAAAGAAAAAUUAACGGAAAACACAUGGAGUCCUUAGUUAGAGAUAAAACAAAUAAGAACAACAAUACAACAACAGCUACAGUCGAUGAACCACAAUGUUCUAAUGAGAAAAUAAAAGGUGAUAAUAUUAAGGUGAUUUCUUCGGGUAUAUUUUAUUUAAAGGAUAACAGCAACAAUACCAUUUCAAAAAGGCAAAAAUCAAAUAAAACUAAUUUAAGUCGUUGUCUUAAAAGAGUUAAUACCAAGGAAAUACAAACACCAACAGACAAAGACAUAGGGAAUAAAACAUUUUCGCUAAAAAGUAUUCAGCAAAAACCCCAAGAGCUUGUUUUUGAAUAUACACCAUCUUGCAUAAUAGAUUCUCUACUUGAUAACAUGAAAAACUAUCCAGUUUUAUGGCAAUUUCAUGAUAAACCACUCAAUGAAGACUACAAUAAAGCCAUUGAAGAUUUAUGCCAAAUAAUCAAUGUCAAAUGGUCUCUUCAAUUAGAUGCUAUACAAAUGAGACGCAGUGUGAAUCAUGUCUUGAGAUUUUAUCGUUAUUUGUUACCCUGCGAAAACAUAAAAAGAUUUAAACAUUAUUUUGAAAAAUGUGCACACUUUUUGCCUUCAACCAUUCAAGAAAUCCCAAAUGCUCGCUGUUAUCUUUGUGAUUUAUGCUACAAAACCAAUUUGGAGUUAAGGCAACAUCUGCAGGAGCAGCAUGAAGCCAUAAAAUGGCCUCAUAAAUGUCGUAAGUGCCAUGAAUAUUUUAGGCAGACUGAUGAAUACCAGCUGCACAAACGUUUGCCUCAUUAUGUGGAAAUAUUCUCCUGUGAGUUGUGCAAUAAACGUUUCAAUCGUCAUCAUUUAUAUCAAAAACAUUUACAACUACACGAACAAAUUCAAAUAACCGAAAUUGGUACUUUUAAAUGUAACAUAUGCAGCAAAGAAUUUAAAAGCAAUUAUGAAUUAAGAUCUCAUAGCAUCUAUCACGGCGAGAGAAAAUACCCAUGUGAACUAUGUUCAAAAAGAUUUUUUAGUAAUACUGCUCUAAAGGUGCAUUUAAAAAGGCACCGCAAACAAUUGGACUUUGUUUGUGAAGUAUGCGGUAAGGCCUUUCUUCAUCUGGCCUAUCUCAAUGAACACUUGGAAAGGCAUACGGGCACCAAAGUCACUUGUAAUAUUUGCAAGUUAAAAAUAAGAAAAUGUAAUUUAUUGCGCCAUUUGCGUACAGUGCAUGUGGCCUGUGAGGGUACCAUUGCAACUACCUUUAGAGCGAAAAAUCACACUUACAAGAGACUACUAAGACCGAGACGUUAUUCCAAAAACCCUGAAAGAGCCAAAGAAAUAAUGCCACGUCAAUAUGUGUGUAAAAUGUGCAACAUACAUUUUGAUCGUCUCAAAUUCCUCAAGGACCAUAAUAAACAAUUUCACUCGGAUCUUCACAAGUGGCCAUGUAAAAUAUGUACAUCAGAAUUUAGACGUUUACAAAAUUUAAAACUUCAUUAUCGUGAAAAACAUAAACUACAUGUUUAUCAAAUUUAUAAACUAAUCGAAAGUAAUGAGGAUGUAGCCACGGUAUUAGCUAUCAAAACGGAAGAGAUUGAAAAAAUAACCGAUACUUUAGCAUAUACUUUAAACUGUCCAAGUACGGCAAAUUAUCAAACAACAAUAAUUAAAAAAGAUCCCUCAGCGGCAGAGAUAACUAUUGAAAAGGAAAAAAUGCAAAUAUCUACCACAAUACAAAGCGAAAUAAUAACGAAGAAUGAAGCAAUUAAUGUCGAUGAUGAUCAUACAAUGACGAAUUUUUUUAAUGAUCUUUUGAAACAACCCUAAAUGUGUUAGAGAUUUAUAUGAGAUUAUGAAUGAAUCUUUUUGGUUGUUAUUAGUUGUAAUUUGCUGUAUUUAUGAAAUUAUUUUGUUAAAAUAAAUUAGAUUUAUUAAAAAUAAAAUCUAGGAACAUUUCUCCCUAAUAAA